UUAGCCAAGUUCAAAGCCUUACUAUACCAGAACAAGAAUAUACAGGCGACAGGGGAUGCUUUGAACUUUUAGAAGUGAAAAUAGAGUGGUGGAAAAUCAAGAAUUGUGGAGGGCAGCAUAACACAUGGUAGCCAUACCGUCUGCCUGAAAGUUAUUAGAAGGAGAGGCCCAAAGCCCACCACCAACCUGUGUAUUGUACCCGUUGGUGCCAACCAGCUGUUCAACUAACAGGAUUGGGAGUAGGACAGUCCCGCCUGCCUGUUUCACUGUUUAGACAUCAUCUGAAGAAUGGCUGACAGCAAGUGCAUCAUGGUGGAUGUAACCAAAUGGUCACUUUUCAGCAUGAUCGGGCCUCAAGAGCUCUCCAAGAUACAGAAGGCGUUAGUGUUUGGAUCAUCUGCUAAUGAGGCUAUUUACAUAACCAAAGAUGACGAGGUGUAUGCGUUUGGGCUGAACUGCAAUUACUGCCUGGGUACAGGAAACAGACAGAGCACCAUCGUACCCAAGAAACUGCACUUCCUGAGUGGGAAGAAGGUGGUCAGCCUGAGCUACGGCAGUGGACCCCACAUCCUGCUGGCCACAGAGGAUGGAGAGCUGUUUUCUUGGGGACAUAAUGGCUACAGCCAACUGGGAAACAGGACAACAAAGCAAGCAGUAGCUCCAUUUCUGGUGACCGCCUACAUGCUCAAACAGAAGGUCACAGAGGUGGCCUGUGGGUCUCAUCACUCAAUGGCUCUGACUGAAUCGGGAGAGGUGUAUGCAUGGGGCUACAACAACUGUGGUCAGGUGGGCUCAGGCUCCACAGCGAACCAGCCCACCCCUCGCAGAGUGUCCAGCUGCCUGCAGAACAAGGUGGCUGUCCGUAUCGUCUGCGGUCAGACCUCAUCACUGGCAGCCGUCGACAACGGAGAGCUGUACGGUUGGGGCUAUAAUGGGAAUGGACAACUUGGACUUGGAAAUAAUGAGAACCAGCUCACUCCCUGUCGACUCGCAGCUUUGCAGGGUUUAUGUGUGAAACAGAUUGUCUCAGGCUAUGCUCACUCAAUGGCCCUGACCAGUGAUGGCUUGGUCUACGCAUGGGGUUGUAACACUUUUGGACAACUGGGCACCGGCAACAAGAGCAACCACCUGAGUCCAGUUGAAGUUGUGACUAAGAAAGAGAGAGUUGUAGAGAUCGCCGCCUGUCACUCCACACACAUGUCGGCUGCUAAGAACCAGAGCGGUCAGGUGUACAUGUGGGGCCAGUGUUGGGGCCAGUCUGUUGUGCUGCCUCACCUCACGCACUUCACCUGCACUGACGAUGUCUUUGCAUGCUUCGCCACCCCCUCCGUUAUGUGGCGCCUUCUCUCCUUGGCUCCAGAGUAUGAGGACCUCUUGACUGUGGCUCAGUGUCUGAAAAAAGAGUUUGACAACCCAGAGACGGCUGACGUCAAGUUCUGCAUCGAUGGCAAAUAUAUCUACGUUCACAAGACAGUUCUCAAAAUGAGGUGCGAACACUUCAGAUCCAUGUUUCAGUCGCACUGGAAUGAAGACAUGAAGGAGGUGAUUGAAAUCGACCAGUUCUCCUACCCGGUCUACCGCUCCUUCCUGGACUUCCUCUACACCGACGACGUGGAGUUACCACCUGAAGAUGCCUUUGGGCUGCUGGAUCUGGCUACGUCAUACUGUGAGAAACACCUGAAAAAACGUUGUCAACAAAUAAUCAAGAGAGGAAUCACCAUUGAAAAUGCAUUCUCCCUGCUGUCAGCUGCUGUGUGCUAUGACGCUACGGACCUGGAAGAGUUCUGCUUUAGGUUCUGUGUUAAACAUCUGGCUGAGGUGACCCAGACUGAUGCUUUUUGGCAGGUCGAUGGCAACUUGCUCAAAAGUUUUAUACGUCGGGCCAGCACGUCAAUAGGGCUGCUACGGUGUUGCCACCAUCCACAGUGCAGACAAAAUAAGGCAACCUCUCUUUAACAUUAAUAAUGAAAAUAAUGAUUUGAAAUGGAUUACUCACAGUGUAUGGUGUGUACUGUAGUGUUAGGUCCCAGCAUGCCAAGGCGGAACCCUUGUUGUGGAUUGCAAGUUGGAUAAUAAACAUGGCCGGUUGCCUUGUGAACACAUGUCAUCAUAAGAGUCUCCUUUAACCUCCAAUGUUUAUCAUUGUACUCUUUGCUGCAAGAAGACCCGGGUUCGAGCCUGCUGUGUGAGUGGGUUUUCUAAGGGUUCUCCGGCUUCCUCCCACAGUCCAAAAACAUGCAAUUUGUGAAUUAGGUAAAUUGGACACUCUACAUUGACCGUGGGUGUGAGUGAGAGAGUGGGUGGUUGUUUGUCUCCAUGUAGCUCUGCGAUGGACUGGAACACAGUCCAGGGUGUACCCUGGUAGAAGAUGGAUGGAUGUUUAUCAUUGUACCUGAUGAACAAUAGAAACCUGGUGUCAAAAGUGAAGUAACUCAAACUGAGACAAACUUCAUUUGAGACGCGUGCCACAUCAGCAAGCCGCUACUAAUUAUUGUCAAAGCACCUUUAAGGCAGAAGACGGGCCUAAGUGGAUUAAACAUUUUGACAGGCUCCGUAUUGCAUCCGGACCGGACACACAAGUGGAUGAAGAUCAAGUCAACGUAUUGAUCUACUCGAUGGGGGAGGCUGCGGAGGACAUACGAGUGUCGCUGCACCUCAACCUCGAAGAAGCAAGUGAGUACAACUUUGUCAAGGAGAAACUAGACGCUCACUUUAUAACAUGGGUGUCAAACUCUGGCCCGCGGGCCAAAUUUGGCCUGCCGUGUUAUUUCAUUUGGCCCUUGAGGCAAUAUCAAAUUAACAUUAGAGCUGGCCCGCCGGUAUUAUACAGCGGCACCGCCAACUGCAAACUGAGCAGUAAAAAGGCCUGAAUGGUUGAUUUAUUCAUUGUUAUUUUAUUUUCAAAUUUAUUAGCAUGUGGAAAAAGUUUAUUUUGAUAUUUACCUCAGAAGGCUGCAAAUAGAAAAGAGGCAUUAAAUUUUUAUCCAUCCAUUAUCUACCGCUUAUCCUGUAUUUAGGGUGCAUUAAAUUUUUAUUUAAAUUUUAUAUGAUAUGCCAUUGAUAUUUUUUAAUUAUUAUUAUUUGAAACUCGAUUUUGUUAUAUAAAGGUAUAUAAGCCUUGCUUGUUCAAUAUUCAAUGCAAAACUGGUUUGGGUCCCUAUUAAAAGGUUAAUUUGUUCAACCUUGGCCCACGGCUUUGUUCAGUUUUACAUUUUGGCCCACUCUGUAUUUGAGUUUGACACCCCUGCUUUAUAACCUGCAGAGAAGUUACAUUUGAGAGUGCAAUGCAGGAGACGGCCUUGUCAGCUGACUGCUUCAUCGCUGUGCUGCACUGCUUGGCUAUGGAGCUCUGCAUGAUGAGAUGGUGAUGACUGACUGGUGUUGGGUCUAAAAGAUAAAUGCUUGUCAGAAGGGCUCCAAAUGGACACUGACUUAACCCUGGAAAAGGCUGUUACCAAAUAAAAAAGCUACAAGACAUGCUUUAAAGGAGACACCCAACUUGACAACAUAAAUGUACAACUGCGCAGCCACACAAGACCAAAGCAGAGUAAAGCACUGCCGAGAGAUAUUAAGAGGAGAAACAUUGCACAAGAUGUGUUCAUAUGAAAGGCCUUAGCCUUCAACAAUGUCCUGCAAGACAAGCAAUCUGCAAACAAUAUAGGGGAAAAAGGGACAUUAUGCAGAAGUCUGAAGCACAAAAAUGCACAAAGUAAGUGUCAUCUCAGUCAGUCAACACUCAAAUGAAUGUGAAGUGGUGCCAACUUCUGUGAGUCAUCCUUGGCCAAUAAACGUCCUGAUGGGGCCAGGAAGAAACCAUCUUAAAGUGAGCGGCAUGCUCACUGCUAUUCUCAGAGAAAAGACUGUUAAAGACAACAUUUAUGUAGUGGAAGAUUUAAUGGUGUGGCUCAGUUUGAGGACACUGUGGAGAGGAGGAAAAAACUGCUGUCCAUCAUGGACAAUCCAGAGCACCUCCUCCACCACACACACGGCAGACAGUGGAGCUCCUUCUCCAACAGGCUGUUACAGCUCCGCUGUUGAACGAACAGACAUAGGAAGUCGUCCGACCUCAUGCCAUCUCUCUACAAUAGCCAUGUAAAUGUAGAAUACUUUAGAUUUUUUUUAUGGAGUUUUACAGUUCACAGUUUACUACAUAUUUAUUAUUCAUUACACUCCUCAUCCUUGCGUUAUGUACAUACAAUUUCUUUUUUUUCUAUUUCUAUAAUUUUAUUCAAUGUACAUUGUGUACAUUCUGAUGCUACACUCUAAUUUCCCAGUUUAGGAUUAAUAAAGUACAUCUAUUCUAUUCUGGUCUGUAACAUUAGUUUGGAUUCUAAAGAGACUGUCAAACAGAAGUAUCUUAAGCUUUUCUCUGGACUAAGGAGGAAGGAGGUGGAAUACAACAUUGUUCUUAAGCAUGGGCCACACUCUCCACACCUAGGUGCAUCUCUCUUCCUCUCCUGCCCACGAUCAAGGACACACUGCUUCAUAUGGAGGAGCAAUGGGUCAUAUCAAAAGUGGAAGAGCCCACAGAAUGGUGUGCACCCAUGGUGGUCGUACCUAAGUACACAGUAGUUUUUUGUAUAAAAUGUGACCGUCCUCUGGGGAGCCUUGAAAAACUGACCUCAGCUCGAGGUAAUGGAGAAGAGGCUCUGGGAUUCAUACGUAACAUUUUCAGCCACCAUCAGCUUCACGUACCUUCACUGACAGGUGGUUACACAUUUUAAAUGUGAAGAUAAUCACCGCCGUUACUGUCAAGACCGUUCAUUUCAUUCCAGGUUUGAAGCAGUUUGUCAUUACAUGAGCUGUGUCUGUUGAAAAGUGUGACACACAGCUGACCGGUCACAGCAUCACUGCUCAGGACAGUUUUGGUCCAUAAAGACCUCAUUGUCCUUAUUAAAGGCUUAUUCUAAUGUUUAGAAAACCAACAUGUUUUAUUGAAAACAUUUUUUUACUCUCACACAAACAUGCUCAUGGGUAGUGUAACAUUUCUGCCGAUACAUGUUAC